AUGUUUCUGGUGGCUUUGUCCUUUGCCUACUUUGCAAAAGCUCUGUCGGGGAGCUACAUGAAGAGCACAAUAACUCAGCUGGAGAGGCGCUUUGACAUCCCCAGUUACCUAAUAGGUGUCAUUGACGGGAGCUUCGAGAUAGGUAACCUGUUGGUGAUCGCUUUCGUCAGUUACUUUGGUGCUAAGCUCCAUAGGCCAAAGAUCAUUGCAGUAGGUUGUGUACUGAUGUCCAUUGGCACCUUCAUUAUUGCUCUGCCUCACUUCAUCAUUGGACGGUAUGAAUUUGAAACAUCCGUGCGAUGGAUAGUGAACUCAACCCUGAACCCCUCUCCGUGCCCGGUGGGCUUAGCAGCUGACCUCAUCAAAGAUGGUAAACUGGUUGAAGUGCCAGCUAAAGGUUGCGAGGGAGAUUCCAACCUGUCCAUGUGGAUCUACGUGCUCCUGGGAAAUGUCCUGCGGGGGAUUGGAGAGACACCUGUCCAGCCUCUUGGGAUCUCUUAUAUAGAUGAUUUUGCCAGUGAGGAGAAUGCUGCGCUAUAUGUUGGCUGUGUGCAGACCAUUUCAGUGGUUGGCCCUGUGUUUGGCUACCUACUGGGCUCCCUUUGUGCCAAAAUCUAUGUGGACAUUGGAUUUGUGAAAAUGGAAACCAUCACAAUCACUCCAUCAGAUGCCCGCUGGGUUGGGGCCUGGUGGCUGGGCUACCUCAUAGCUGGGGUCAUCACCCUGCUUUCUGCAAUCCCAUUCUGGUUUCUGCCCCGCUCCCUGCCCAUGUCAGGGUCCCGAGGCCCAGAAAAGCCAGAGCAGACAAGUUUCAUUAAAGACUCUCCUUUCGGGAAGCACAAGUACCCAGCGGAUGAACAUGCUAGUUUCCUAGAAAUGGCCAAAGACUUUAUUCCAACCCUGCGAACUCUGUUGGGGCACCCUGUAUAUUUGAUCUACCUGUGUGUGACAAUCAUCCAGUUGAACUCUCUUAUUGGCAUGGUCACGUACAAGCCAAAGUACAUCGAACAGCAUUUCAGGCAGUCUGCAUCAAAGGCCAACUUCCUUAUGGGUGUGAUCAAUAUCCCGGCUGUAGCACUGGGGAUGUUUUCUGGUGGUCUGCUGAUGAAAAGACUGAAGCUGAACAUCAUGGGAGCAGCCAAGUUUGCCUUUGGCACAUCCCUGAUUGGUUAUAUCCUGUCGCUGUUCUUCUUUGCCAUGAGCUGUGAGAAUGCCAUGGUAGCCGGGGUGACGCUUUCUUACAACAGUGUGGAAGGGAUAUCUUAUGAGAAACACCAAGUGUUCCCCGCCUGCAACUCCAACUGCUCAUGUUCUGCAAGUGACUGGGACCCGGUCUGUGGAGAGAAUGGCAUCACGUAUGUUUCUCCUUGCCUUGCUGGCUGCAGCGGUUCUGCUGGCUCAGGGAAAAACACAGUCUUCUCUAACUGUAGCUGUGUCGGUGUGGCCGGUAACUUUACGGCCAGUACAGGUCAAUGUCCUAACAAGGACGACUGUGACAGGAUGUUCCCGUACUUCCUGGGUCUCUCUGUCAUCACUUCUUUUAUCAUCUCCCUCGGAGGAACACCAGGCUACAUGCUUCUCAUCAGGUGCAUUAAACCACAGCUGAAAUCUUUGGCCUUGGGUUUCCAUGCUCUAGCAACACGUACACUUGCAGGGAUCCCAGCACCCAUCUACUUUGGAGCAAUCAUUGACACCACAUGUCUAAAAUGGGGCCAGAAGAGGUGUGGAGGCAUAGGAGCCUGCAGAAUCUACAACACCACUGCAUACAGGAUAGCAUACCUGGGUUUGACUCUGAGCCUGCGGACUAUCUCGUUUGUUAUUUGCAUCCCGGGAUUCAUUUUGCUCAGCAGACAGCUGAAGGAGGAGGAAAGAAACGCCAUCCAUGGAGCCCUGGCAAAUGGAGGAACAGAGCUGGAGGCACUCAGGAAGGAAGAGUUUGUGAUCUCUAAUUCUGAGCAGUCACAACGAACAGCAGACAACAGCACAGACAGGGAGACGCGGCUGUGA